AUGAUCGUGUUUGCUUAUGAGGGUUGCGACCUAGAUCUCAACAGGAAGGAGGCAGCCGCUUCGGAGGUCUUUCGCGAUGGCCCGGCCGGCCGGGCCGGGAAGAAGAGGAAGGAGGCCACGGCGGAGAAGAAGAUGAAGGAGGCUGCCGUGUUAGAGUCGGGUGACGGUGCCCUCAAGAAGGAGGGUGAUAGCUUGUUCAAGGAGGGUGAGAUGCUGAAGCUGAGGGAGGAGUACUGGGAGGCAGCGCUUCUGUGGGAGGACAAGCUUGUCCCGGCGCUCCUGUGGAAGAUCACACAGGUGCCCACGAUCGACAAGAAGAAAAAGAAGGUGGUCAAGAUAAUUAUGCCCAAUGCUUACAUCGAUGACAUUAUCGAAAAUCCCGACAUGAUGAGAGAACUCUCUGAUGAGGAGAUGGCCGAGUGUCUUGAGGAAUACCGCCAAAGCUAUGCCAUUGCCAAGGUCAUGAAUGCUAAGAACCACGCAUAUCAGCAAGCCCUCAUCGCUCAGUACCGUGCUUUUGGCUUUGCCUAUGACGAAAAGGAGGUCAUAGACGAGGAGGAGGAGGAGGAGGUGGUGCUGAAGAACUAG